ACACUGGUGUCAGGUCUGGGAAGAGGAAAGACCGUAACUCUCCUGACCCAACGGUCAACCAAGUAAUGAAGAAAAAGGACACAAAACCAAGUCCUCCGAAAGAAGUGGCGGCACGGAGUGCCAAAAAUAAGGAGGUCGACGCGUGGCAAAAAGUAGAAUCGAAGAAGAGAAGGCCGGAGCAGGAUCACCUCCCAAAGCAAUUGCCGAAGGAGCCACGACCGGAACCUAAGCGGAAAAAAUCGCGCAAAUGGAUCAGACCUGACGCGCUGAUAAUCCGCCCUGCCGAAAAAGAGAAGUAUUCCGAGAUAUUGCGCCGCAUAAAGCGUGAUGUCCCAGCAGACCAGGUUCGAAAUACCGUCGAGAAGGACCAUCACAGGAAUUCUUCAAGACGAUGCUAAGGUAGUCUGUAAAGGUCCACAGGAGACCAUUGAGAUUCGAGACAUCGACGAAAAAACGACGAAGGAAGAGAUCCAGGCUGCCCUGAAAGAGGAAGUUGGAAAAGAUCAUGAGAUACCUCUAGAAGGAAUAAAAAUCCGUAAGGCUUUCAGAGGUACGCAGACGGCUGCAGUCACUUUACCUAUGACCAUCGCGCGAAAAUUAGUGGAAGGAACCGGCAAGAUCCAUGUCGGGUGGGUUAACUGCCGAAUCAAAGCGACGACGAGACCUAUCCAAUGCUUUAAAUGCUGGCACUUUGGACAUGUUGGGCCCCAAUGUAAAAGCCAAGUAGACCGAUCUAAACUCUGCAUCAGAUGUGGACAAGAAGGGCACCGUAUCGCGGACUGUAAAAAUUCUGCCAAGUGUGCAAUAUGUGCUGACCAGCAAGGAGCAAAGGACGUGGCUCACCAUGCCGGCACCUACAGAUGCCCGGUAUAUCAGGAGGCGCUCCAGAAGUUGACGAACAAACAAGCAUGAGGAUAUUGCAACUCAACCUCAACCAUUGUGAAGCAGCGCAUGACCUGCUCAUGCAAUCUGUGCGAGAAUUAGAGCUGGACUUGGUACUGAUAGCAGAGCCAUAUAAAC